CUGUGUCAGUGACCGCUUCGCAUCCGUGGACCGUGCGUAAAACGUAGUGAUUAUAAUAUUCUCUUUGUCCGUGCGUUGCAAAUAUCAUCCUAUAUUACUUGCUCUGUGAUGUCAUCGCGCGAGAGAAAAAAAGUGCCGGCGAGAAAAGUUCAUGAUGGCAUCGAUGGCAUCAACAAAUCUAGAAAAAAAACCGCUGCGUACACUGAAGAAUCCUUAAUAAAGGCUUUAACGGCAAUUCGGGAAAAUAAGGCAUCAGUAAGACAAGUCUGUAGAGAUUAUGGGAUUCCUAAAUCUACGGUCCUCGAUAGAAUACACGGCAAAACAACUGAUAUUUUGAAGAAUAAACGUGGGCCAGAUCCCGUAUUAGGGACUGAUGGUGAAGAGAAAAUAGUUAAUUGGCUGAUUAACAUAUCAAAAUGCGGGUUUCCUGUUAAAAAACAGGAACUUUUAGAUUCUGUCCAAAAAAUUGUACGAGAUUCGUCGAUUCCUAAUAAAUUUAAAGACUGUAGACCUGGCCAAAAAUGGUAUCUUAACUUUUUGAAAAGAAACCCACAAAUUUCGUGCCUAUUCGCCGAAAGUAUUAAUAAGGCAAGAGCUCAAGUAAGCGAAGAGUCCAUUCGAAAUUGGUUCUGUGGUCUCGAGACGUAUUUGGAAGAGAUAAAUCAAAAAGACAUUCUUAACCGUCCUUCGAGCAUAUUUAACGGCGACGAAAGUGGCUUUGCGCUGUGUCCGAAGACUGGCAAAGUACUCGGGCCCAGGGGUUACCGUAGCUUACAUCAAGUUAAACAGGGGAACGAAAAAGACAACCUAACCGUACUUGUAACCUUCAAUGCUAAUGGAGAUGUAUGUCCACCAUGCGUGGUAUUUCCGUAUGUAAAACCACCACAGGCAGUGGUGAAGAGCAUGCCACCUGAUUGGUGUUUGGGCAGGUCCGAGUCAGGAUGGAUGCGGGGAGACGUAUUUUUUGAAUACAUCACCAACAAUUUCAAUAACUGGCUUGAACGGAAUAAUAUCAUAAAACCGGUCCUCUUGCUGGUUGACGGGCACAAAUCACAUAUAUCUCUGAUGUUAAGCACAAUAUGUGAACAGUUAAAUAUAAUAUUAUAUGCCCUACCGCCCAACACGACGCAUAUCUUCCAGCCUGCUGACGUAAGUGUAUUUGCGCCACUCAAAGCAAGCUGGAAGAAUACAGUCAGAAAUUUUUUAAUGAAGCCAGAAAAUAUUAAUAAAACAGUGACUAAAACGAACUUCUGCAAAUUGUUUGCAGAAACCUUGCAAGAAACGAAUCUUGCAACCUAUAUCCAAAACGGGUUUAAAAGAUGUGGGCUCUACCCCUUUGACCCUAAUGCGCUUGAUUACACUAAAUGUGUCAUCGAUACAAUGCAAAAUAUAAACACAAGACAAUCUACUCCCGAAACAGGCAUAAGUAGAGCAGACGUAGCUACUACCAAAAAAGUACUUAAGCAAUUAAACACUGCGCUGCUUAACAAGAAAGUAAACUACGGAGUACUAAUGAAAGAACUUAACCUGUUUAAAAAAACACUGCCUGUGGAGACUAAUGUUUGUGAAUUAUCAUUAGACACUGAAUCCGACUACAACAGUACCGUAAACGGUUCUCGUGAUAGUUCACAGGUGUUAUCAAACUCAGCCAGUUUUACUGUAACAGAUUUACUGAAAGAAUCUGAGGACACACAGCUUAUACAGCCGACGCCCGACUCCACGCGAUAUAGAACUGGGUACUGAUAAGGUUGAAACCAUCCAACCACCAUUGAACGUAACUGAAGACUGUAACUCCAUAUCGUUAUUUUAAAAUAUAUAACAGGAAGUUACCUAGAAGUUGGUUCAGUGGUAAGCCUUGAUGACAUUUUAGUACUGCCUUUGAAUGUCACAGAUGAGGUGCCAGCGCCUGGGACGUUGGAUGUAUCAUGUAUGUGAAAAGUUAUCUGGGAUAAAAAAACCUGACGAUCAGCCUAGCUCAGCCGUUUCUACGCGUUCAAUUCUACUUGUUGUAUGUCAUUUCUUAGUCCUGUAAUUAUGACUUUUGCAAAAAA